AUUCAUUAAAAUUUAGUUACCUUAAUGUCCCACGAAGGAGAGGAUUACCCUAUUGACCCUAUUUUUGUGAAAGAGCUCGAAAGAUCAGAUAUUGAUAGAGAAGAGCUUGCUUAUUAUUUACAUGACGGCAAAGAAAAUUACAAAAGGCUAGCUGAACUUACGGUGAAAUACUCGCUUGAUUCUAAGGUUAGGUACCAAUACCAUGAGUUUGAUCAUACUAGAGAAGAGCAGUUUUACUCGAAUUAUAGAAAACUUAACAGGCUGAAGGAGCUUACUAAGGAUAUGGGCCUUCCUCCAGUUGAUUACACUACUAGUGAAGAAUAUGGCGCCCCAAUGAACACCAUCUCUAGUACUUCUUUGCAUCAUACAAUGUUCGAAACAGUUGUUCGAAUUUUGGGCUCAGACGAGCAGAGAGAAUAUUACCUCCCAAGGAUCAUCUCUUAUGAGGUACUGGGAUGUUAUGCCCAGACAGAGAUGGGCCAUGGCUCAGAUGUGCAAGGACUCAUGACUGAAGCAGCUUACGACCCUGACACUGAUGAAUUUGUAGUGAACACUCCUUCACUUAAGGCUAUCAAAUUUUGGCCAGGAGAACUAGGAAAGCAAUCAGACCAUUGAGUAUUCCAUGCUAAAAUGAUUGUUGAUGGGCAGAGCAUGGGAGUAAAUGCCUUCAUCUGCAGAAUUAGGGACGAAGAUUCCCACAUCCCUCUUAGAGGCCUAGAGAUUGGAGAUAUUGGACCAAAAUAUGGUUAUGGGAAUAAAGAUAAUGGAUACAUGAUCUUCAAAGAUUUCAGAAUUCCAAGGACCGCAUUACUCUCAAGGUUCAUUAGCCUGGAGAAAGGAGGUGAGCUCAACAUCAGAGGGGAUCCAAAAGUUGCAUACACUACAAUGCUGCAUGUUAGGAUCUCUUUGAUCAAGCAUACUUGGAGACUUGUGAUCUCCUCUUGUUGUUUAGGGAUCAAAUAUACUUUACUGAGGAAACAGUUCAGAAAUAUUCCAAAUUCAAAUGAAGAAAGGAGGAUCUUUGACUAUCAAGCGACCCAGCACCAGAUUAUUCCUUUCCUAAGUUAUGCAUAUGCAUGUGUGUUCUCCUCGAAGCAGUGUCAGAUCAAGUACGACAAGAUGAUCGAGGAGAUAAAGGACGAUAAGUUCUCAACAAUGAGAGAUCUGCACUCAAUCGCUUCAGCCUUUAAAGGGCUUCAGAUGCAGGAGUCUCUGACUGGAUUCUUCAAGAUUAGGGAAUGUUGUGGAGCACAUGGGUACCUGAACUAUUCUAACAUCCCUAAUAUCAUUGAGCUUUGGUCCCCCAAUGUCACAUUAGAGGGAGAUUCAAUAGUGAUGUAUUUACAGACAGCCAAAGGUUUUAUCAAGACUUUCAGACUAAUCCAAAAUCACGGAAAGAAGAUCAAAGGAAUUUACAAAUAUAUGAAUGACUAUAAGGAGUAUGAGGGAGCUAGUGACCAUGAGUCGGAGUUCAAGACCUGCAGCAGCCUCCUGAAGCUUCUCCAAAUCUCCACUGUUUUGAGUGUCAAGAAAUGCUCAGAUUUGUUGCCAGAAAUUGACGACGAAAUAAGCUAUGACGUGGCCUGGAGCAAGACCUAUAGCAUCGAGCUGAUCACUGCUGCAACACUUAAUGCUCAUUGGUUAGUUGCAUCAAUGUUCGCUGACGAGCUUAAGAGCUUAAAACUGUCCAAGAACCUAGUUAGAAUCAUGAACAAAAUGCUGUGUGUGUAUUUGUGUGACGUCAUCACAAAGUUGGGACAAGAGUUGAUCCUGUCUGGAUAUCUCAGAGGAAGCCAGAUGUUGCAAAUUAAAUCAACAAUGUCAGAUUUUAUCACAGAGAUAAGGCCUCAUGCAUAUAGACUAGUCGAGUCUUUCGUCCCUCACCAAGCAAUACUGCAUAGUGCCAUUGCUUUGAACAAUGGAGACAUAUACUCGAAGCUGUACUCAGUCUCCUCUACUUCAAGGUUCAACACGAAGAGCAGGCUAGUUGCUUUUGAAGCGGAUACAGGAUUGGGAGGAGGCCCAGCCCGUAUUUCAAAAAUUAAACAACUUCAAAACAAGCUCACGGGAAUAGCUAAAAUCUAAUUGGCUUCAAUUUUGACCAGAAGUCUUGGG